AUGAGUGAAAAAUCUAUCAUCAUGCAGGUUGGUAUAUGCCAAGUUCAGAGGCGCUACUUUGUAUCAGAGAUGGAAUGUAUCCUGUCAGGUAUAAUGUCAGUGAAUGGAAAGAAAGUUCUACAUAUGGAUCGAAAUCCAUAUUAUGGAGGAGAAAGUGCAUCCAUAACACCACUGGAAGAUUUAUACAAAAGAUUUAAAAUACCAGGAUCACCACCAGCAUCAAUGGGAAGAGGAAGAGACUGGAAUGUUGACUUAAUUCCCAAGUUCCUAAUGGCUAAUGGUCAGCUGGUUAAGAUGCUGCUUUAUACAGAAGUCACCCGCUACCUGGAUUUCAAAGUAACUGAAGGGAGUUUUGUCUAUAAAGGAGGAAAAAUCUACAAGGUUCCAUCCACUGAAGCAGAAGCCCUAGCAUCUAGCUUAAUGGGGCUGUUUGAAAAACGUCGCUUCAGAAAAUUCCUAGUAUAUGUUGCGAACUUCGAUGAAAAAGAUCCUAGAACUUUUGAGGGUGUUGAUCCUAAGAAGACUGCAAUGCGAGAUGUGUAUAAGAAAUUUGACUUGGGCCAAGAUGUUAUAGAUUUUACUGGUCAUGCCCUUGCACUUUACAGAACUGAUGAUUAUUUAGAUCAACCAUGUUGUGAAACCAUUAAUAGGAUUAAACUGUACAGUGAGUCUUUGGCAAGAUACGGCAAAAGCCCAUACCUUUAUCCACUUUAUGGCCUUGGAGAACUACCACAAGGCUUUGCAAGGCUAAGUGCUAUUUAUGGAGGUACCUACAUGUUGAAUAAACCAAUUGAAGAAAUCAUUGUGCAGAAUGGAAAAGUGAUUGGUGUAAAAUCUGAAGGAGAGAUUGCUCGCUGUAAGCAGCUCAUUUGUGAUCCUAGUUAUGUAAAAGAUAGGGUACAAAAGGUGGGCCAAGUUCUCAGAGUUAUAUGUAUCCUAAGCCACCCAAUCAAGAACACCAACGAUGCCAACUCAUGCCAGAUUAUUAUUCCACAGAACCAAGUCAACCGAAAGUCAGAUAUCUAUGUUUGCAUGAUUUCUUCUGCACACAAUGUGGCAGCACAAGGGAAGUAUAUUGCCAUAGUAAGUACAACUGUGGAAACAAUUUUUAUUUCCCGUACUUACGAUGCUACCACUCACUUUGAGACGACCUGUGAUGACAUUAAAAACAUCUAUAAGAGGAUGACAGGAUCAGAGUUUGACUUUGAAGAAAUGAAACGCAAGAAAAAUGACAUCUAUGGGGAAGACUAA